AUGGUACUCCAAGCAAUCAAAUACACGCGCGGCCAGCUCGAGAUUCUGGACCAGUUGAAAUUACCCCACGCUGAAGAAUAUGAUCACAUUUACUCCAGCACUGAUGCAUGGCACGCAAUCAAGGAGAUGCGGACGCGAGGCGCACCGGCUAUCGCCAUAGUCGCUGCUCUCGCCCUCGCAGUUGAGCUCACCAACAUGAAGCUCUCUUCGGUAGCAGAAGAGGUCAAAAUCUUCAUCACGGAAAAGCUGGACUACCUUGUAACAAGCCGGCCAACUGCCGUCAACCUCGCAGACGCAGCUGGUAAACUUCGGAAAGUUACCGAGGAAGCCGCUGCAAAUGAGGGAGCGAGCGGAGAGGCUGUAAGAGAAGCAUAUGUGGCUGCUGCGGAGAAGAUGCUGGUUGACGACGUGAGCGACAAUGAGAGCAUCGGCAAACAUGGCGCGGAAUGGAUAGUGAAGAACACGGAGGCAGGCGAGAAGGGGCCUACUGACCGCGUUCGAUUGGUCCACGACAAGAUCCCUGCGACUCUUAUCACAGACUCCAUGGCCGCAGCGCUACUCCGACUACGUGGUGAAAGCGAAAAUAUUGCGGGCAUCGUGGUAGGCGCCGACCGAGUAGCCGCAAACGGUGACACUGCCAACAAGAUUGGAACCUACUCGUUAGCCAUCCUUGCGAAGCACCAUGGCGUCAAGUUCCUGGUUGCAGCACCAAGGACUACUAUCGACCUGAAGACCAAAUCGGGAGCAGACAUUGUCAUUGAGGAACGUCCCGGAAAGGAAGUGACGCUCGUCAAGGGGCCAAGACACGAUGGAGUCACGCUGGAUCUUGGUGUUGUGGAGACUAUCAGUAUUGCAGCGAACGGCAUCGGUGUGUGGAACCCAGCUUUCGACGUCACACCUGCAGAACUCAUCGAUGGCAUCAUCACCGAGGUAGGUGUGGUUGAGAAGGAUAGCAAUGGUGUGUUCCAUUUGGAUGAAGUCUUUAGGACGGAGGGUUCCAAAGUAAAGCCUUCGACCAUCGGUGGCUUAUGA